CUCAAGGAAACCAUAAGUACUGGAUACGAUGACAUUCUAGAUAUCAGCUUCUACCAUCGGAAAAAGAAAAUUAAUCGUACCAGACAGACUGACUGUACAUAUCAUAAGCGGAAAACAUGAGCACAGGGGAGCAGCAACCCCUGCUAGUAUGGAGGAAUAAUGUUUAUGAUUUGCCUUCGGAUGCAAUCGAAGAGGUUUUGGAGAAAAGAGAAGCAGUGGGAGUGGGAGUGGGAGUGGGAUGGUGGGCGAGGCUGGUUGCAUGGGAGUCAAGGCUCCUUUGGGUGCUGUCUGGCGCAUCCAUAAUUGUCUCAGUAUUCAAUUACUUGUUGAGCUUCGUCACCUUGAUGGUCACCGGUCAUCUUGGCGCAUUGGAGCUGGCGGGAGCCUCCAUAGCCAGCGUGGGAAUUCAGGGUCUUGCUUAUGGGAUUAUGUUGGGCAUGGCCAGCGCGGUGCAAACUGUGUGCGGCCAAGCUUACGGGGCUAAGAAAUACGCAGCCAUGGGCAUCAUUUGCCAAAGAGCAAUCGUUUUGCACAUAGGAGCCGCAGUCCUCCUCACAUUUCUGUACUGGUAUUCCGGUGCAGUCCUUAAAGCAAUAGGCCAAUCUGAAAGCAUAGCCGAGCAGGGCCAAGUCUUUGCCCGUGGUUUGAUCCCUCAACUUUACGCAUUUGCUUUAAGCUGCCCCAUGCAGAGGUUCCUGCAAGCUCAGAACAUAGUUAAUCCCCUUGCAUUUAUGUCUGUCGGGGUAUUGCUCUUGCACAUUCUUCUUACAUGGCUUGCGAUCGAUGUAUUGGAGUACGGCAUUAUUGCAGCAGCUCUGACUCUCAGUCUCUCCUGGUGGUUUCUUGUCAUUGCCACCGGGCUCUACAUUGUUCUAAGUCCUUCUUGCAAAGAGACUUGGACCGGUUUAUCCAUGAAGGCUUUUAAAGGAGUUUGGCCUUAUUGCAAGCUCACCGCUGCUUCUGCUGUUAUGCUUUGUUUGGAGAUAUGGUACAACCAAGGACUGGUGCUCAUAUCUGGUCUUCUCCCUAACCCUACAAUCUCACUAGACGCCAUUUCCAUUUGCAUGAAUUACUGGAACUGCGACAUCAACUUCGUCUUAGGCCUUAGUGCAGCAGCCAGUGUUCGUGUGAGCAAUGAGCUAGGAGCAGGUCAUCCAAGGCUCACCAAAUUUUCAGUUAUAGUGGUGAAUGCAACCAGCAUUUCCAUCAGUGUGGUUUUCACUGCAAUUAUUUUGAUAUUUCGAGUUGGUUUAAGUCGAGCUUUCACAAGCGAUGCUGAGGUCAUAAAAGCAGUGUCCAAUUUGACUCCACUGCUUGCCAUCUCCGUUUUCUUGAAUGGCGUUCAGCCUAUACUCUCAGGAGUGGCCAUUGGGAGUGGAUGGCAACAUAUUGUGGCUUAUGUCAACCUGACCACAUACUACAUUAUUGGUCUUCCAAUUGGAUGCAUUCUUGGCUUCAAAACUAGUUUAGGAGUGGCAGGUAUAUGGUGGGGGAUGAUUAUUGGGGUUCUUCUACAAACAUCAACUCUAAUCAUUCUCACAGCCAGAACAAACUGGAACACAGAGGUUGAAAAAGCUGCCGACCGCUUGGAGAAAUCUGCCAAUGAGGAGACAUUACAAUUGGUAACAGCUGUAUAAGAACAUGAACAACCCUUGAAGCAUCUUAUCGAGAUAGGCUUGUAAGGGCAGGAGUGAAGCGUCUUCAGAAUUUGGUGGCUUGGGUUUGAGUCUAAAUCGGUUUUGGAUUUAACAAUCCUUCGAUCAAGUUGCCAACUUAGGAGUUCUUAGGUUUAUGUUGGGCUAUCAUUUUGUUGAAGUUCGUACUUAAACUUUUCAUUAAUAAAGCAUCUUUUCCCUAAA